CUCAACCUCACCAUGGCCUUCUAGCUGGCCGUUAAAUUCAUGGGAUCGCUGAGCACUCACCAUAUCAUUUCCCUCGCACUGGCAGGUUUUUCGUGUGCUACGGUACUGCAGUGUCAGCUGCCUAAAGAGAUGGGACAGUGGUCAUCUUCCCUUGUUACCCUAGGGUCUCGAGCUGCGUUGCAGCUCGGUCCUCCAGGCCAUUCGCUUCUGCCCUCGCUACUCAACAAACGCGCCCUCAACCUUCAUGAGAGAUUCUGGCAGCGGGGUAUCGUGUCCGACCUUGAUGAGGCCAUCGAGCUUUAUCGGGCUACAUUACUCCUACUCCCCCUCGAUCAUCCAAAUCGACCCUCAUCUCUGUGCGAUCUUGCUGCCAGCCUUGGAGACAGAUUCCUGCAGCGGAGCAUCAUGUCCGACCUUGAUGAGACCAUCGAGCUCAAUCGUGCUGCAUUACUCCUGCUUCCCCCUGGUCAUUCAGAUAGAUUCAUGUCUCUGAACAAUCUUGCACUCAGCUAUCAACACAGAUUCCGGCAGCGGGGCAUCAUGUCUGACCUUGAUGAGGCCAUCGAGCUCAAUCGUGCUGCAUUGCUCGUGCUUCCUCGCAGUCAUUCAGAUCGAUCCACGUCUCUGAACCAUCUUGCUACCAACCUUCAAAACAGAUUCCGGGAGCAGGGCAUAAUGUCUGACCUUGAUGAGGCCAUCGAGCUCAAUCGGGGUGCAUUACUGCUCUGUCCCCCCGGUCAUUCACAUCGAUCCUCGUCUCUGAACCAUCUUGCUACCAGCCUUCAAAAGAGAUUCGAGCAGCAGGGCAUCAUGUCCGACCUUGAUGAGGCCAAUGAGCUCCAUCGUACUGCAUUAGCCCUCCGUCUCCCUAGUCAUUCAGAUCGAUCCAUGUCUCUGAACAAUCUUUCACUCAUCCUUCAAGACAGAAUUAAGCGGCGCAGCAUCAUGUUUAACCCUGAUGGGGCCAUCAAGAUCCAUCGUAUUGCAUUACUCCUCCAUCCCCCUGGUCAUUCGCAUCGAUCCUCGUCUCUGAACCAUCUUGCUAUCAGCCUUCAAAGCAGAUUCGAGCAGCAGGGCAUCAUGUCUGACAUUGAUGAGGCCAUCGAGCUCCAUCGUGCUGCAUUACUCCUCCGUCCCCCCGGUCAUUCAGAUCGAUCCAAUUCUCUGAACCAUCUUGCUACCAGCCUUCAAAAGAGAUUCGAGCAGCAGGGCAUCAUGUCUGACAUUGAUGAGGCCAUCAAGCUCCAUCGUGCUGCAUUACUCCUCCGUCCCCCCGGUCAUUCAGAUCGAUCUUCAUCUCUGAACAAUCUUGCUGCCAGCCUUCAAACCAGAUUCGAGCAGUGGGGCAUCAUGUCCAACCUUGAUGAGGCCAUCGAGCUCAAUCGUGCUGCAUUACUCCUGGUUCCCCCUGGUCAUUCAGUUAGAUCCAUGUUUCUGAACAAUCUUGCACUCAGCUAUCAACACAGAUUCCAGCAGCGGGGCAUCAUGUCCGACCUUGAUGAGGCCGUCGAGCUCAAUCGUGAGGCAUUACUACUCCAUCCCCCUGGUCAUACACAUCGAUAUUUGUUUCUGAACAAUCUUGCUACCAGCCUUCAAAACAGAUUCGAGCAGCAGGGCAUCAUGUCUGACCUUUAUGAGGCCAUCGAGCUCAAUCGGGGUGCAUUACUCCUACUUCCUCCUGGCCAUCCUGAACGAUCCUCAUCUAUGAACAAUCUUGCUGCCAGCCUUGGAACCAGAUUCGAGCAGCAGGGCAUCAUGUCUGACAUUGAUGAGGCCAUCGAGCUCAAUCAGGGUGCAUUACUCCUCCGUCCCCCCAGUCACCCAGAUCGAUCCUCGUCUCUGAACUAUCUUGCACUCAGCCUUCAAGCAGAGAUUCCAGCAACGGGGCAUUCAGUCUGA